AUGCCCGCCCCCCAUCCCAGCGACGGGAUCCUACUCCCCGACACACAAAAACCCUCCCUCCUCUACGGGCCAACCGAUCCCCCUUUAGUCGAUCUCACCCUCGGAGAGCUCCUCAAUCUUCAAUGCCUGCACUAUGGCACGCGCGAGGCCCUCAUCAUCCCAUGGACGGGCGCUCGCUGGACCUACAACGAGUUGAACCACCACUCGCGCCUUAUCGCCGCCGCCCUGCUGGACAUGGGCAUCGGCGUGGGUGAUCGUGUGGGCAUCAUGGCGGGGAACUGCGAGCAGUACGCGUCCAUCUUCUUUGCCGCGAGUAGGAUCGGGGCGAUUCUGGUGAUCCUCAACAACACUUAUACGCCCACCGAGGCACAGUACGGCCUGGAUUUCUCCGAAUGCAAAGUCUUUUUCACCACCAAGCAAAUCGGCCGGCUGGAUCAGCGGCCUCUCCUCACGGCUUUGGCCACGCGCACCGACAAGCCCAGCCCCAAGGUCGUCAUCAUCAGGGGGGACGAUUCCAAGGGGUACCAAACCUACGCCGACCUGCUCGCCCGCGGCGCGAAGAUCAAUCCCGACCGGCUGCACCGCCGCGAACUCAAGGUCCUCCCCCACAUGGUCUGCAACCUGCAAUUCACCUCCGGCACGACAGGCCUCCCCAAAGCCGCCAUGCUCACUCACCACAACAUCGUUAACAACAGCCGCUUCAUCGGCGACCGCAUGCGGCUGGGGCCCGACGACAUCCUGUGCUGUCCGCCGCCGCUGUUCCAUUGUUUUGGUCUCGUGCUGGGUCUGAUGGCGGUGUUGACUCAUGGAGCGAAGAUUGUCUACCCGGCGGAGGUAUUUGAUGCGAAGGCGACGCUGAAGGCGAUUAUCGAGGAGCAGUGCACGGCUGUGCAUGGCGUACCGGCGAUGUUUGAUAGCUUGCUGGCGCUGCCGGAGGCGAAGAACCUCAAGGCGAAAGAUCUGCGUCUGAGGACGGGCAUCAUCGCAGGUGCGCCGGUGCCGCGGUAUCUCAUGGAACAACUUGUUUCGCGCCUGGGCAUGACGGAGUUCACGUCGAGCUAUGGGUUGACGGAGGCGUCGCCAACGUGUUUCAAUGCGUUUACCGACGAUCCUAUUCAUGUCAGGUUGACGACGGUCGGCACGCUGAUGCCGCAUGCUAUGGCAAAGAUUGUGGACCGCGAGGGGAGGAUCGUGCCAAUUGGUACCAGGGGCGAGCUGUGCAUCGGGGGUUACCAGCUGCAGGCGGGGUACUGGAACAACAGCGAGAAGACGAACGAGGUGAUGGUUCGGGAUGAGCAGGGUGUUUUGUGGCUGCAUACCGGAGAUGAGGCGGUGUUUGAUGAGAGGGGGUAUUGUACUAUUACGGGGAGGUUUAAGGAUAUUAUUAUUCGGGGCGGCGAAAACAUCUACCCGCUCGAAAUCGAAGAGCGCCUAGUCGAGCACCCCGCUAUCAGCAUGGCUGUCGUGGUUGGCCUCAAAGACGAGCACUAUGGCGAGGUGGUCGGCGCAUUCCUGCAGCUGGACCCGAGCCAUUCCCCCACGAAGAAGCCUGACCUCGAAGAGGUUCGCGAGUGGGUACGCCGCAAGCUGGGCAAGCAUAAGGCGCCCACGCAUAUCUUUUGGCUGGGUGAGGAUGGUGUCCCCGCGGCAGUACCCCUGACGGGGAGUGGUAAGGUGAGAAAGUUUGAGAUGGCGCAGCUUGGGAAUAAGUUGUUGGAGGAGAGGAAAAAGGGGGUUAAGGCGAAGUUGUAA